ACACACACUCAGCCCCACUCCUCACAUUCCCAGCAGCAGCAGUGAACUCAGCACAACCUGCCAUCAUCUGAGUGUUUCUGUGAUCCACCUCAGGAGCUUUGGAUCUGUACAGGAUUCGUAUUUGAAGGAUUUUUUUUGAAGACCUUUUCAUCUGCAGCAUGGAGACCACCACUGGGGAAUAUGUUGAUAAUUACGAUUACUAUGAGGACAAUGAGACUGCCUGUGACUUCUCAGAGUGGGAGCCCUCAUACUCCCUCAUCCCUGUCCUCUACAUGCUCAUCUUCAUUCUUGGCCUGUCUGGUAAUGGCGUGGUCAUCUUCACCGUCUGGAGGUCCAAAUCGAAACGUCGGGCCGCAGAUGUCUACAUAGGAAACCUGGCCCUCGCUGACCUCACCUUUGUUGCGACCUUACCUCUCUGGGCAGUGUACACAGCACUGGGCUACCACUGGCCCUUUGGUGUGGCUCUGUGUAAGAUCAGCAGCUAUGUUGUUCUGGUAAAUAUGUACGCCAGUGUCUUCUGCCUCACCUGCCUGAGCUUUGACCGCUACCUAGCCAUCGUGCAUUCUUUGUCCAGCAGCAGACUGCGUUCUCGGGGCACCAUGCUGGCCUCCUUGGGUGCUAUCUGGGCCCUGUCUGGACUGCUGGCGGUGCCGACUCUGCUCUUCAGAACCACUGUGAACGACCAAAACAGCAACCGUACCACCUGCGCCAUGGACUUCAGCCUGGUCACCAUGAACCAGAGGCAUGAGUACCUCUGGAUUGCAGGGCUCAGUCUCUCCUCCUCUGCCUUGGGUUUCCUUUUGCCUUUCUUGGCGAUGACCAUCUUCUACUGCUUCAUCGGCUGCACCGUCACACGCCACUUCAACAACCUGCGUAAGGAGGACCAGAAGAAGAAGCGCCUGCUGAAAAUCAUCACCACAUUGGUUGUUGUGUUUGCAAUCUGCUGGACGCCCUUCCAUGUGCUGAAGAGCAUGGAUGCCCUCUCCUACCUGAACCUGGCCCCAAGCUCCUGCGGCUUUCUGCGCUUCCUGCUGCUGGCUCACCCUUACGCCACCUGCCUGGCCUACGUCAACAGCUGCCUCAACCCAUUCCUGUACGCCUUCUUCGACCUGCGCUUUCGCUCCCAGUGCCUGUGUCUGCUCAACCUGAAGAAAGCCAUGCAUGGUCAGAUGAGCUCCAUGUCAUCCACGCUCAGUGCCCAGACUCAGAAGUCGGAGAUUCAGUCUCUGGCUACAAAGGUGUAGAGAGCAUGAGGAAAGAUGGAGCAGUACUGCAGGUCGGUCUUAGCUCCAACCACUGGAACACUUGUAAAAAAAGAUUUUGGGUGUCCAUUUUAAAGCUGAUAAGACAAGAUGAUGAACUUUGAAUUGUCACUGCUCACGAUCAUGAAAUCCAUAAAGAGAGGGACGCUUUGUAAAGUUUUCUGGACUUGAAGCUGGAGCCAGCCGGCUGAGCUCUUCAGCUACUUCAUUCCUCAAAUUCUCAGAGAAAAAAAAGGGUUUAUUUUUGUUCGUCCUGCUCUGCAAAAGCUCUCAUUUCUUCCACAAAAGCACACACUGAUGUCAAGAACUGUGACUCAAUCAAUUUACAUGCAAAUCUGUUUACACUGGAAGAAACAUAAAGCUGUACAGUAUUUUCAUACCAUAGCAUUUUUUUUCUUCUUAGAGUUAUUGUUUUGUUUUAAAAGCACUUGUUGAAUAAAAAUGUGUGAGCAGGGAAAUCCGACAGAGCAGAUGCAGUGUCCUCUUAAAAUCUUGUUGUUUGUGAAGUUAGGAGUCUGCAACAGGGCGGAGGAGGGGGAGGCGUAAGGAGAGAAAAGGUGUUGCAGCUUAAUUAUAUAGUUUGUGGAGAGGAGACGGGGGGCAGACAGGCAGAUGGCAGUUGACAAAUGUUGUUGUAGAGCAGGACUGGGGAGGGUGGGGUUGGGUGGGGUGGAGGGGUUUCACGGUGUAUUCACGGCACUAAAGGGGGGCAAAGAAACUGUAAAUAAAUCUUCUGAUCUGAUGCAUAUAUGUUUUAUUUUUUGACAUCACUGUAACUAACUACUGUAUUAAAGAAUUGAUCUAUGAA